AUGAGCAGCGACAGGGUGGCGUCCGUAGGGGAGGCGACCGCGUGCCACGUGGCGCGGAUCGUGAGCCGCCUUGAGGGUCGUUCUUUUGAUUCCACGCACCGCGACGAGGGGGGCACCGGGGAGUGUGGGCCGUUUAUGCAGCGGCUUUUGCCGGUCGUCGAGGAGACGCGAGUCGAUAGGCGCUUGGACGACGUCUUCAGGCGCGCACACUCAAUUUUUGAGCCGCUUUCACAGGCGACUGUUGCGGCUGGGGACGAUGCGGAGGCGUUGAUGGCUGACGUUGCGUCGAGGGCAAGUCGUCUGGUGGUUGAGGAGGUCUUGCAGCCGUGUGACUCAACGAAGUCAUCACCAUCAUCAUUCUCAGAGUCACCAUUGCGCACUCAGCAGGCCGCAUGGUGUCGCACUGGGCAGUUGUCUCUGGGGAUUAUUCGAGAGUCCACGUGUGGUUUUUAUUUUGCGCCGAGCACUGGCGCCAACAGCGCGCCGCAACGCGUGCCCGUUUUGCUGCAGCGACGAAUUCCAUGGCGGUGUAAGGCCAAUGAUGGGAGCGGGAGCCAUGACGCGGUGGGCCGAGACUGUGAUGCCGAUAGCGGCCGCGAGGAGGGAGACGCACCAAUGUUGUCGGGCGUCACUCUGCAGUGGGGCGCUGUCUUGGGUUUUCUUCAGUUGCUAUCACGUGCUGUCGGCUUGACGACGUCGGUGGAUGGAGAAUACACGGCGGUCUCCUCAUUAACCGAGGGCGAGCACUCGCUACUUCAUAUUGUUGCAGACUCCAUCAUCGUCAUGAUGGAGCGCAACCACGCUUUAUUACAAGAGGCACGCGAUAUGAAUCAACUCGGCAUGGCUGCUGAGGUACUAAUUAUUGCCGCGAAUAAUUUUGCAUGGAUUCGGCAGCGUUGUCAGCGGAUUCCGAUGGCAAAUGCACGGGAGGUGGAGGAGAUUCUCACGCAAAGCCUGGCGGGUGUUUUGCAAGACAUUAUUGACGGUUUUGUGGAGGAAAUACAGUACAUUCUUUCCAUGUAUAUGACGUCGUCUGGUGGGGGCGGCGGUGGACGGCAGCGUGUCGUAACGUACAGUUUUUUGGCGACACGGGUAACCGCAAUUUGUAGACUUUCCAAUGGUCUGGUGCAUUUGUUACCGCGGCAGGAGGUCAUGUCAAUUGUGCUGGAGCAGUCUUUGCGGCCCGUCGUGGAGCAGCUGCUGGUGGGGGAUAAACAGAAUGACGUGGAGAGGGGCGGGAUCACGACGGGCGUCUUAAAACGGGUCGGCGACAUUUUUCUUCCGGCGGAUGCGUUUUUGAGGCACGAUGCGGCACAUGUUGAGUCGGGCGUCGAUGAGAACGGCAGCGGCACUUUGGCACAGCGGCUUUCAGAGGUGCUGCAGAUUCUGGAAAGUGAGGAGGCGUUUGGGGCGGCGAUUUGCCAGCGAAGCCCUCCGUUCCGCACCCUCCGGCGUCUGCUUCCAACAAUGACCUUCUAA